AAUUUUUACAUUGCAGCCUCUUCAAGAAAAUAGCCAGUACCUUAGAUAUUUUGAAUGAGGUAGUUUUUUUUUUGUUGGUAAUAUAGAGUGUGUAAAUGUACAAAAAUGAGAGUAUGCAGAAAUUUAUACAAGAAUUUUUUCCGGGUGAGAUGAAAAAAACAAAACGGAUAUUAUUUAAUUAUUAACACUUUUUAAUAUAAUACAUGUAAGGAGAAUUUUCAUUCAAUUGCAUUUUAUCCAAUCGAUAAUGUGAUUAAUCAUGAUAACCGGUUUGGAUUGACAGUAUUUCAAAAUAAAUUAAUUGUUUACUAAAAACGAGGCAUUUAUAUAAACCGCGCAAUGCGACGUUGUCGCUUCUUCAAGAAAGUAGCCGGCACCUUAGAUAUUUUGAAUGAGGCAGUGUGCAGUAAAGAUACAAAAAUAAUGAUGACAUAUCCCGUUCCCUUUAUCAGUGUUCUCUUAUAUGCCGGAAAACACGUCAACUUAUCAAAAAAAAAUUAACAUCCCCAUUUUUUGGAUAUUAUAAUAAAUUGCCUUUAUUGUUGUAUAUUAUAAAUAUAAAAUAAGUAUUUAUAUAUAUAAAAGCUACUCCACUUAACCUGCUCUUAAAUAUUUAAAUUGAAAACUAAAUAGGAAAUAUAUAAAUACGUAGUAUAAUAGUAUAAAUACAUUGAUAAAUUAGAUAUAGUAUAAUAGAUAAAUGUAAUAGUAAUACGGAACAAUAGAAAGUUAUUAAAAAUAAAAAGAAUAACAUUGAAAAUCAAAUUAUUUGAGUAGUUUUAACCUGCAAUAUUUUUUAAAGAAUUUAAUUGAAUGUGAUUUUACUGAAUCGUAGACGCCAAAAAGUACUUAAAAGUACUCUCAAUUUUCAGCCAAGUUCCUGGAUUGUGUGGGAAAUCCUAUCAAAUUUACGCAAGCCGAAAAUAAAUCUGCAGCAACUGUUUUCAAUUUUUUGCAAUCUAUAUUUAUUAAUACUAUCAAGACAUUGCUAAAAAGAUAUUGCUAAAAAUAGAAGUAAAAUAAUGAUUGUUGUUGAUGAUGUUUGUUUUUAAACAUAUUUAAAGUUUUCCAUAUAUGUUUAGAGUUCCUAGAAUCGAAAUUGUAAGACAAAUUUUUUGUUUACGUACUGCACUUGUAACAACAUUCCUUAUUUCUUUAUAAGCAAUGUAGUCAGCGAUAGAUUUGGAUUUUUUAUAUUUAGACAAUAGACUAUCUCCCAUUUUCCUCAUUUCACGAAUAGUAUGUGUUAACCAAGGAGCACAGGUUUGGUGAUCUUAGAAAUCACAAAAGGAGCAUGUUUAUCAAACAAAGAAGUUAUGCAUACUUAUUUUCUGAUCAAUAUAAUUUUCGUGAAUGAUGGGAUCCCAAGGGAUGAAAAGAGUCAUUAUUGAAAUUCCGAAAACAUGGCGAUCGACAGAAGGAAAAUUUGAUUUGACAAAAAACUGCGAGGUGAUCAGAAAAACUAAGAAGAUGGAACGGCAACGUCGCCCCGCCGAAACGCCCGAAAAUAUCGACCAAACAAGAAUCGCGACGGACGCCAUGCAAGAAGCCUCAGCGCCUGAAGAUCUACGCCCCGUGUCCCCGGAGGGUCCGCCCCCCUAUCUCCCACAAGCGGAAGACUCCACCGAGCGGGCCGCGCGGCUGGAGGCGGCGUGGGCGGGCGGGAUGGGGCGGUGGAGUCCGCGGUCGGGCCUCACCGGUACUUUCCCCGUCGCGGACCGUUAUUCGAUUACCAGGUGCGACCCUGCCGAGUGGAGGGCUCGAAACGAGCGAGUGCUAGAGGCGGCCGCGACGCGGCGGCGAAAUUUCGGGGCGGUGCUGGAGGCGGCGACCGCCGAAAUCGACGAGACGCAAACCGCCACCGACGCGGCGCGGCGACGAAACACGGACAGGCUCAACUGCCGUCGGGCGGACAUUUUGCGGUUGAAAACUGACCUGGAGCUUGCCGCGGCCGCCGUCGCCGAAGAGACGGGCCUCCUGGAGGAGCAGAGGCGACGACUCAAGCGGGCCGCGGCAGUUUUGCUCGUGCCCGAAUCCGUGACGACCGAAUGUCUGGACCGGAGGACCGACAGGUCCGACACGGAGCUCAUCCGCGACGAGGUCGAAGAAGCCCUGGCAGAGGAGGCGGCCCUUUGCUCGGACGUAAGGCGAACUUUCGCAAAAUGUCUCGAGGACCUGGAAAAACAGUCGGCGGACAAUCGAACCGCGUCGCGGAUGGUCCAGACCGACUGGAGCGGCAAGAGAGGCGCCCUCGACAUCGACACUGAAUGUUCGAUGCUCGAUCUGCGCUCUGGGACGUUGAUGAGGUGCCCCGUGACAACGUUCUCGGAGGACCAAUCGACGCCCGACUACUGGGAGCGCUUCACGAGGGAGACGAUAGCUGAGGCGGAAUCGACGACGCGCCGCUCCGUGGCGCUACGAGCGACCUUGGACGACACACUCGGAAACGCCGCGCGCGAUCUGCGCACACAGGCCGACAAAGUGGACGCGGCCCUUCGCGAAACAGCCCGCCGCACGGAGGAAGCCCUCAAGGGGCUCGAGCGCGAGCUGAAGAUCACAUUACGCGAGAUAGCACGAGCCGAAGAGCUGGUACAGAGUCUCCGCGAGUGUAUGGGGAGAUUGGAGGGGCCCGCGAAGGUGGUCCAGACUCGCCUGGAGCGGAGGCGCCACAGACACGGAGUGGACAACUGCAUGGACGACACCCAAGACGGGCUCCACGCGGAGAUCGCCACCGUCGAGGGACACGCGUCCGUUUUAAGGGGGCGCCUGAGCGAGGUGCAAAAAUCUCUCCGAGAGCUCGUCGAGGGCAAGGGAGCGUUGCAGAGGGAGAUCCUGCUAAAACGCAAGAGCCUGGAAAUCGACGGGGAUCGGUUGCCAAGAAUACGAGCCGGUUUCCCGUCGGCCGUUGCAAUGUCCGGAUACUAAUGAUAAAG